UCCUUCCUCUUCUCCAAGCCGGUUCCUUCCAGCACCCAACUUAAAAAAAAAGGCGGUCCUCCUCUCAGCUGAAAAAAAGAAAAGAAAAGGCAGGCCUGGCUCCUCGGCCCACGUCUCGUCCCUCCCAAAAUCGGCUACUCGUCAAGAACACCGCCGCGGCGCAGAAGGCACAGCACGCACAGCUAGCACGAGAGGAAGCUGCCCUUUUUCCCCCAAACGUGCCAAGAACGUCCUCCUGAUUCCUCAAGCGGCCAAGAACCUGGAAUCGAGGAUAGACAUGCCGCCGAGGGGAAGGAAGCACUGGUGCAAACACUGCAAGAAGAGCUUCCCUUCUGGGAACUCACUUGGAGGCCACAUGGCACUCCACAGGAACAUACACAAGAAACGGCUGAGUGGAAAUCCGAGCAUCGACAGCGAGGGGUACGAUCACCGGGAGAGUCGCUGGAGGACGCGGGUGCUAUCAGAUUCCACUUUUAGUGAUGAUGAGGCUUGGACGUUAUUCCCCAAGACUGAAUGUCAGCUAUGCUUCAAGGCCUUUGCUUCCUGUGAUGCCCUGUUGAUGCACAUGAAGAUACACUCUCGCCGUGAGAAGAAGAUGGUGGUGGAGCACAAGGCAUCAACAGGUGAUGGUGUUCACAAUGGUGCUAUAUCUGAGGCUCUAAUGAAGAAGAAGAGGACAAGGAGGAUGGUUCUGGACACUGCUCUGACCCCUGAGAUGAUGACAUAUGGGAUAGAGGAGGUGGGUGCCGCGCACAUUCUUGUGAUGCUUUCAAAAGAUCAUGGCAGGUACGCAGCUUCUGUGGAUCAUGAUAAAGAUUGUGAGAUGGAUGGUAACAUGGGGUACCAUACGCCGAUGGCAGAGAUGGACCUGAAUUCUCCUGUUCAUGGCCCAUUUGGAGAUGAUGAGUUGAUGGAGCCACAAACUUCUAGCUCUUAUGAGGAAGUGAAGUUCGUCAGUCUUUCAGAGGUGAUCAAGGCAACAACUAGUCAUGAAUGCAAGCUCUGUGGGAAGGUCUUCCUGUCUGGUCGGGCAUUGGGAGGCCACAAGAAGUUUCACAGUGUUGCUGAUCGUAAAAGAGCUUCAAAUGUUCCCGAAUCUGCAGUCACUCAACCUUGUAAACAGUUGCUUGAACUGGAUCAUGAGUCGCUUGUUCACAGCCUUCCGGCUCCCAAUAUAUGUAACUACAGCAGCAGAACACCAAAGUCUGAGCCGGAUCCAUCAUGGGUUGCCAGCAGCCUUCGGAGUGAAGGAAUGCUUGGUGUUCUCUGAAAUCGGCUACAGUUUCUUUACCAUUCAUGUGGCAGAACUCCAUUUUGGCUAUGAAUAGUUAAUUGAGGAACAUGAUACCAGGAUUGCUUUCAAUACAAUCAUUAUGCACAAUUCUGUCUUUUUCAAUGGCCAGUGUCCUUAACAUGUGUCGCUGCCUAUAUUGUUUCUCAAUCUCAAACAUUGAAAUGUAUCUAUUUACAAUCAGUCCAUUAGUUCUAGGUUUGGUUGUUCCCUAGUAGUAGUAGAGAGCAGUUUCAUCCAGGUAGCAGCAAUGCAAAUUUUGUUGUAUCUUGGACCCAUGACUCUGUAGCAUGUAGCAACCGUUAUGAUACUACUUUUGUGCUCA